CUCAUUAUCAUCAUCUUCAUCAACCCAAACCCAAAAACAAAACCUAAACACAAACGCUUCAUUUCUUUUUCAUCUCUUCUCUUCGCACUUACUAAAGCACUCUUCUUAACCUUUCCCCAUGAAUAAGGAUGGUUCCUUUUUUGUUUGAACUCUUGACCCUAAAUCUAAUCAUCUACUACUAAACUCUUAAGAAAAGAGAUAAAGAGAGUAGAUGUUUCAUCAGCUAUGGACUUAACCAACAACAACACAACCACAACCACCACCACCACUACUACUACUCAAGAACCUGAAAUUGAAACCCCUACUCAGAUCCAAAAACUGAAACCUUUCCCUUUCAGUAAUGGUGUCCUUAAACGCAAAAAUCACCCUACCCUUCACCAUCUCCAACAUCAUCACCAUCCCGUCGUAAUUAUUUACAAAGAAUGUCUUAAGAACCAUGCUGCUAGCAUAGGUGGUCAUGCUGUUGAUGGUUGUGGUGAAUUUAUGCCUUCACCAACAGCUAACCCAACUGAUCCCACAUCCUUAAAAUGCGCCGCGUGUGGAUGUCACCGCAAUUUCCACCGCCGUGAACCGGAUGAACCGCUUGUUGCGGUCCCUCCACCACCCAUCGCCACGUCAGCACUUGAAUACCAACCCCACCACCGCCACCACCCACCCCCACCACCCCCACAACGUGGGGACCACAGUAGCCCUAAUUCACCAUCUCCACCGCCCAUUUCAUCAGCUUAUUAUCCUGCUUCUGCACCACAUAUGCUCUUAGCAUUAAGUGCUGGCUUUGAUAAAAACCCUAACCUGAACCCGAACCUGAACCCGAGUUCAGCUCCGGUAGUUACUAAUUCUAAUGGAAGGAAGCGUUUUAGAACGAAGUUCACACCAGAUCAGAAGGUGAAAAUGUUGGAAUUUGCUGAGAGAGUUGAGUGGAAAAUGCAGAAGAGAGAUGAAGAUCUGGUUAACAAUUUCUGUAAAGAAAUUGGAGUUGAAAAGGGUGUUUUGAAAGUAUGGAUGCAUAAUAACAAGAACACUUUUGGGAAGAAAUUAGAUCAAGACGACAACAACAAUGGUAACACUAACGACAACGUUAAUGGGUUUUGUAUUGUUAGUAGAAAUAACACGCAUAAUAACAGCAGCAUCGACUCGGAGUUUCAUCAUCAUCAUAAUCAAGAAAGCAACAGUGACAACAACAAGGAUAUUCAAGCUGGAAUAAUUCACCAACUUCACACAAGUGAUACUGUUGUUGCUACUAAUGGGUCUUCUUCUUCAUCUUGAUUUAAGUAGAUGGAAAAAAAAAAAAAAAAAGGAGAAAUAAGGUUUUAACUAGAAUUAGUCGAAGCUGGUACUAUUAGCCACGUUUAUUUGUUUUUAGAGCUGUUUUUAUCCUCCUUUGUUUCGUAAAGAUUAGUGCUCAGCUUGAUGAGGUAUAACAAUGGAAUCAAGAUUGUUCCAACGAGCAAUUUAAUUUGUUAAUUUUUCUUUUUGUAAAUUAUGCUACUUAUAUCU